AUGGCGGACAAGCAGAUCACGCUAGUCGCCACGGUGUGGCCGGCUGAAGGCAAGAUGGAGCGGCUGAAGGAAGUCGUGACCGCCGCCACCCACAACCUCCGCGACGUCGAACUAGGGACGUUGCAGUUCCAAGUACUCGAGGAGACAAACACAAAAAGUUCUCGGAUGGUUCUAAUCGAAGUGUACCAAGACCAAGCAGCGCUAGACGCGCACAGAGCAAACCCGGACUACACGGCUGUGUUUAAAACGAUCUCGGAGGAAGGCUUAAUGGCUAAGGCGCCUGAGGUGGUCGAGACGAGGAGUGUUGGUGGGUAUAAGUGA